AUGCACCUCCACGAGGAUGUGCGAAAGCUGCACGAAAAGUACGGCGAUGUGGUGAGGGUCGGCCCGACUGAGCUCUCGAUAAACAAGCUUGGUGCCAUUGAUGCCGUUUUUCUGGAUACGGAUUGUAUGAAGGGACCGUGGUACAAUCUGCUCCAUCCUAUGGUCUCAAUGCAGAUGGUUCGCGAUAAGGAGGCGCAUUCUAGACGUCGAAAAGCAUGGGAGUAUGGCUUUACCUCGAAAUCACUUCGUGACUACGAGCCCCGCAUUCUCAAGUACACGGACCAACUUCUCGCCGGCAUCGAAGCAAGCGCCGGCACCAAGUUCAACGUAUCUCUCUGGUUCAACUUUUACAGCUUCGACGUCAUGGGCGAGUUUUCCCUCGGCCACGGGUUCCGUAUGCUCGAGGACGGCGUCGCUCAUUUCUACAUGAACUCGCUGCACGAUGAGACCAAGGCCGUGGGGCGCUUCACGCACGCCAUGUGGGCUCUGCCGUUGUAUCGCAAGAUGGCUAUCUGGAACGCCGGCGUGAAGAAGUUUAAGGCGUGGAUCUCAGGCCAGGUGCAGCAGCGGAUUCAGAAUAAGCCCGAAAGCCCUGAUAUCUUCACCUGGGUGUUGGAGGAUUAUGAGGCCAAGGAGGAGCACUCCUUUCAGGACAUGCUUAACUUGUAUGGGGACUGUAUCUUGAUUACAGUUGCUGGAAGCGACACCGUAGCAGCUGUCCUAUCAUGUCUAUUCAUGGAGCUGGCCCGGCAUCCGAAAGAGUACAAGAAGCUUCAAGACGAAAUCGAUGAGUACUUUAGAGAACACGACAAGCCCGAGCAUGCUGCUCUUUCAAAGCUGCGAUAUCUUCAGGCCUGUAUCGACGAGUCAUUACGUCUCCACCCCCCUGUGCCAUCGGGCGUUCAGCGGAUGACGCCGCCCGAAGGGCUUCAGGUAGACGACGUCUGGCUUCCUGGAGAUACAAUUGUCUUUGUACCAUCGUAUACGCAGUAUAGAGACGCCAGGUUCUUUGAGAGACCAGAUGACUUCAUCCCAGAACGAUGGAUCGACCGACCAGAACUCGUCAAGAACGCCACAGUCUACGUACCAUUCUCGACAGGACACGACGUAUGUAUCGGGAAACAGCUCGGCCUCCUGGAGACGCGAUUUGUGACCAGCGCAAUCGUGCACAAGUACAACUUGCGAUUUGCACAGGGGCAGACAGGGGAAAAGUUUCUAAAGGGCAACAUGGACACGGGUACGCUGACCGUCGCACCACUCAACGUGGUAUUCUCGCCGAGGAAAGCGUGA